UGGCUAUAUUUCAUCGUGCCAUGGUUAAAUCAAUUAAUUUAACCUAUAUAUAAGUGAUAUAUAGUGACAAUAAAUAAUGUUCAAUAUAUAUUGAUUAUCAUGGUGUGUACAAGCUAUCGGUAAGAUUCACGAUUGACAAUAAAUAAACGUAAACACUUCUUCAUAUGCAAAAUAAUUAUAAAAAUAUGUUUUACAUUUAGUAUUUGCCUUCAAUAUGAACACAUAUAUAUAUUAUUCGCAAAAUUUUACACAAUAUGCUGAGUCCAAAUUUUUUAAUAAUAUAUUUCAUAAAAUAUAAUUAAACAAAAUGUAUAAUCAGAUAUAAUACAAAAACGUAUUGUUAUUUACCUAGUGUCCACUUUCUUUCACCAUUAUUAACAAAACACAGGCCAAAGUUAUUUUGAGCAUACAUGCCUUGAAGGUUGGUUGCCAACCUCAGAAAUUCAGAAUCUACUUCUUCAAUUUUAUGUAUGAAAACAAUUUUGAUUAAACUUAUUUAAAAAUGGACUCAGAUUCUACAGAAAUGGUGAAAGAAAUCAAAAAUAAGGUAAUAUUACAUUGGAAUUGUCGAGGUCUUGUGGAAUUUCCUGAAGCGAUAAGGGUCUAUGGGGGCCAUAUUCAAGAAAUAUAUUUGAAAUGGAAUAAACUUACUACCUUACCUCCAUGGAUUAUAGAACUCUUUAAUGUUACUAAUUUAUAUAUCUAUGGAAACUUAAUCAAAGAAGUACCUCCAGAACUUUGUCAAAUGACUCAAUUAACAGUUCUUGAUUUAAGUGCUAAUAAAUUAGAGCAAAUAUCUCCUUCUAUAGGAAACUUAGUUAGCCUAAAAUCUUUGUUAUUAAAUGAUAAUUCUAUUAACAAAUUACCAUUUGAAAUGAAUCAAAUGCAUAACUUAGAAAUUUUGUCUAUUUCUGGAAAUAAAUUUGUUGCAUUACCAGAAUGGAUUGGUUCCUUACCUAAAUUAAAAGAAUUAAGUGCUGAUAAUAAUUGUUUGAAAGAACUUCCAAAUAGAUUGACUCUAUCUCCACAACUAUCAAUAAUUUCAGUAUGCUCCAACAGGCUAAGAUAUUUACCAUUAAAUGGAUUUGUAUCAUCCCCUUGCAUUAGAUUUGAUGCAAAUAUAUAUUUGAAUUAUUUGUCUUAUCCACUUCUUCAUCAGUUAACAUCUCAAAUUCAAGAUUCAUAUAUUCAAAGUCACAGAAAUAUCUUGGGCCAUAGAUGUUUUACAACCCAUUGUGAGAACAAUACAUUAUAUACAAAUAUAAAAUUAAAGAUAAAAAUAGAUGCUUUACAUGAAAAAGAUACUGAUCUCAUGAUUGAUUUACCACGCCAGCUUUUAAAAGUUCAUAAUAUACAUGAAAAUAAAGUUAUCUCUUUAUGGGAGUUAGCUUUAAGAAAAGUUUAUACUGAAAGAUAUAAACAUACACUUGAUAUUUCUGUAUCGCCUAUAAGCAUAAAUGUUCAAUAUGAACCAAUUGCAAUAAAAAAUUAUCAGAAACUUGAUUUUAAUGUUUCGUGUAAUUUGCUAAUGAAUGGUCCAACUAGUAUUUGUGUGAAUUUUCAAUGUCAACAACCAAUAUUUACAGAAGCUUGGAUUAUCGUUGGUGUUAGCCAUUACACAGAGUCUAUAACAACAGUUGCAUUGUGUUGUUGUAAAAGAUGUGCAGCUGAAUUUUCUAAACAUUCCAAUAUGACCAUCAGGCAUACUUGGCAUUGUAUAAAUUAAUGAUAUUUUAUUAAAUAAUUCUGUAAAUAAAUUGCGUUAAAAAAAUAAAAGUUUAAUGUUUUAAAUCAGAGUAAAAA